UUGCCACUUAUACCGUGUCGAGUUUGAAUUCGGUUAUUUCACGGAAGAUUAGCUGAUUACGCGCCGAAUAUUUUCUUAAGAUGUCAGUCGCUAUUGUGACUGGGGGAAAAAUGGAUAAUUUUCUUUUAUCAGCAUAAAACUUAUAGUACUGAAGCGUGGCAUCGACAUUAUCGAUUUCGUACACUGUUUAUGUAGCUCGAAUUGAAUGAAAAAGCAACAUGUUGACAUAUGAUAUGUUGGCGGUCAUUUUUUUAAUUAAUAUAGUAAAUGCAGAUAUUUACACUGUUGAAAAUGCUACGAGAUUGUUUAACUUUUUUAAAACGAAGUAUAAUAAGAUGUAUAAAAAUAAAUUGGAAGAAAAAAAUAGCUUGAGAAACUUUAUUGACAAUUUGAACAAAGUUGCCGCACUCAAUGAAAAGGUCAAAGGCAAUGAUACUCUUUAUGUAAUAAACAGGUAUGCGGAUAUGGAUCCUGAAGAUUUUGAUCAACAUUAUGCUAUUUCAUUAAAAACAUAUGAAAAUGAAGGAAAAGUUGACCUAACGAACAUUGGAGGUCAAGAUAUUUUAAGAAACACAAUGGAAAAAAUACGCAAUAAAGUAGAAAAAGAUGAAGAUUACUCAGAGAGUAUUGAGUUAUACGAUUUGGGUAAUGCUAAUAAUUUAUAUAAACAAUACAUGGAGAAGUUUGGAAAGAAGAAUGCCACGAAAAAAUAUGAUCGAACUGUACAUUUUUAUAGAUUCGUCAAAACAUUGGUGGAUAUAAAUAGAAAUCAUUUUAAAGGGAACUAUACUAUAGCUUUAGAUGACAACGCUGAUAUUGUUAAGGAACCAUAUGAGUAUUUUUAUUAAAUUUACUAGGUACCUACUAGAAACUAGUGAUUUGUUGGCUAUUGAUGGAAUUUGGAGUUCAUCUUUAUAAUGGGCCGCGCAGACAAAAGAUAUUUUGCGAGGUCGCUUUAUGUUACAAAUUUUCACAUUAUUUGCCUCAUUUUCUCACUAUUUCAAGUCCAUCGACGGAAA